CUGAUGUUGUCUUUUCUAAAUUAUUCUUUAAUGUAAUAAUGAAUAAUUUACAUAAAAGUGGAAUUUGAUGGUCAUUGUCAGUCAUGCAGAGAGAAUCAGUUUUGCAGAGUUCUUGCCUUCUCAGAGUUUGGCAGGAAAACAGAAACCUGUAUGCAAAAAUGACAACCGUACAUCCGGUUUAUGUGUAUUUUUUUUUAAACAAUGACAUUGUCAUGCUAGAUGUUGCAUGAAGACCUGAUAGUCCUAACAAGUGUUGCUGUAUCAGCUUGAGCACAUGAAAUUAUGAUCCAGCUGUGUAUAUUCUUGAGUCUUUUUACCAAAUUAGCAAAUGCAGGUGAACCACCACUUGAGAAACUGAAAUAUGAAUAUUACCGCAUCCCGGGAAUGACCCAUAUGUACAGUAUCAGUGCUCAUGUUCCUGAGGAUUUCAAUGUUAGUCUUGGAGUGAUGACUCUCAGUGACCGGACUGAUCUGACAUGCUGUCACUUGGACCAGGCUAUGUGCUUUUUCUAUGCUGAUUCAAGAAACAUUGGUCAGCAAAAUUCCUCUGACAAGUGCUGUAAACUUACUGUCAGUGGAGAGCAACUGUUACAGGGAAAAGCUGGAGAGGAGCUCCUAACAACAAUUAUCGUCCACUGCGAACUCAAAGCUGACAACAAAACGAGCCGAAAUGUCACCAUUACAGUGUGGAGGAUAUCUCUUUAUGGUAAAUACACUCUUAUAUUUCUGGUUAUCCUGGGGACACUGAUUCUGCUCUGUUUGCUCAUCUCCAUCAUCAUAUGUAUUAUCUAUGUGACCAAGAAACAAGAGUAUAGACAAAAGUUUCAUCCAGCGAGAACUCAAGUAAUGGACAAUGACAACCAAGAUGCAAAUUCUGGUACUGUUGAAGUGCAGGAAGAGAAAUCAGAGAUAGUAGAGGAUGAGCUAUUAUAUGCCACAGUGAAUCAUUCAGGUGCUGGUGAAAACUCUGCUCCUGCAGUGAAGUUUGAAUCAGGAACUGACUAUGCCACAGUGGUCAUACACUGAACAACUUGUAACACUGAAUGGAAUGCAAAAAUGCUUGUUUGUUUUUUUUUUCUAAUAAAAUAUAUUGCUAUGCGUCUAAAAUUUGUUUAAUAUGUUAUAUCCAUUAAAAUAGAAGCGAUUUUUACCAUUUUUAAAUAAUUUUAAUCAAACACUGGUGACACAACCACUUGUGUCUAUGGUGUUACCAAUAAUUGAAGUAACAUUUUGCCAGGAAAGACAGUAACACCACAGACAAAUCAGCCUAAAUUCAGACUUUUCUAAAAUGGAGGCUGCCAUCAUGAUGAUUUCAAGAUCAGGGGACAUUUUGAAAAUAUUAAUAAGUAUGUAUGUAUCAAAAUUUUGAUUAAAAUGUGUCAGAUCUGCAAGUUAACAACAUAACACCACAGACACUAAUAAAGUGCGACACAUGAAAUUGUCAGAAAUUCAGCUAACUUUAAGAAAAUUAAUAAGAAACAAUGUACUCCCUAUGCACCCCUCAGAUCAACCAGCACCUGCAGUGACCUUUACACACAGGAAGUAGUCCAAAUAGAAUUCUCCCUUUUCUUAAAGAGGCGACAUCCAUUGUUGUAACACCACAGACGUGAAUUUGGGGGACACAACUUUUUUCU